UGGCGGAUGAACGAUAUCAUCUCAUUGAAACUUAACUAUUAUAAAAUUCAAAUGAGCAACACCGAAAAUGACAGCUGUAAUAAAUUCAACAAAAAAUGUUAAUGACUGAUUGAGGGAGUAAAACAUUGUUUAAUAAUGAAUAUUGCUGAUCUUGUGUGAAAAAAGUGUUUAAAAAAGUAAAACAAAAACUUGGGUCACAGAGUUAAAUAAUUGGAUAUACAAACUAGUCGCUAAAGCAUCAUUUUAACAGCUUUAAAAUGGGGGUCAAAGACUUUGAAUCAAUGUUUGACACUAUAGACUUGUCAAGGAAAGGGACAGUGUCUUCAGUGCAGAUGCAUGGGUUUUGUGAGGCCUUGUACUACUCCCCAGUUUGCAUGCAGCAUGUUGAAGGAGCUAUGAAAUUGGUGUGCCAAAACCCGGCAGCCGUUACACGCAGGGAUUUUCUUGAUGUACUAACUGAUGUUGAGAGGAGGAGGGCAGUGGAUGAACAGGCUUACUGGGAUUUUCAGGCCUUGGACUAUACAGGAAAAAACAGAAUCACUCUUCACAAUGCUCUGCUGCUCUUCAAAGAUAUCCAUGGUGAUUCUUUCUCCAUGGCAACUUGGAACCGUUUCCUCUCAUCGCGGGAAAUUCGCGACGCAGAUGUAUUCUUUGAUGAGAUCCGCUUCUGGUUGUGCUCUCCACCUGUCGGAAGCACCUGCUCAGAGAAAGAUCUGAAGGAUGAGGAGAACAAGAUGUUGGCCAGGCAGGCAGAUCAUGGCCUACAAGGAUAUAAUAAUCUCCUAGAGAGUCUGGGAGAUGAUUCAACUACAGAGAUGGCUGACCAUAUUGAAGAACAGACAGCUCAAGCAAGGAGAAAACUUAAUAAAUGGAACACGCAGGGUGUUGAGGCAAUGCUGUUUGAUGAUGGCUCAGAAGUAGAUGACACUGAGGUCAAGGUCAAACCAAAAGGUCAUGUGACUGUCAGUGACAUUAACCAGCUACUGGAGGUCAAGUACUCCAAACUGAAGGAGAAGCUAAUGCAUGAAAUGGCCAGGCAGUCUGCAGCUGUUGAAGAUGAGAUUCCCGAGCUGAUAGAGCAAAUACGUCGUAACCUCAAACACCUAGUUCGAGAAGGCCUGAAUGCCUCAGAUAUAGAUGAUAUUCCCGGAGCCACCCUCAAACUCCCCGCAUCACUCACAGGACUGAUGGGAGAACUGAGGGUGCACGAUCGGCAACACCGCAAGCAGAUUGAGCAACUCAAAAUGAGGCUGGAGGACAAAGGAAAAUCCCAACAGGAAGUAGCGCUGGCUGUACAGCAGAGAUAUGAGCAGAUAAUUUCUGGAGACACAUCAUGUGCAGGCUUGAUGCAGCAGAUAGAGCGUCGCCACCAACAAGAACGGGAAUCCCUCAUGUCUGCGCUAAAAAUAGAUCCAAACAUUCCCAUGAACAAGGCUCUCCUCAUGGAGUACGCCCGCAUAAUCAGGCAACUCUCCAUCAUGGAGGAGGAUAGAGCAUUUGUAUCUGUGGCAACCGCGGUUGGCCUAUCAGAGAGAGCUGUGGAACAGAAGCCCGACAGGUCUGACUGGGACCGCAGUCGUACGGAGCGGCUGGCCCAAUUACGUCUGGAGUCUCGUGGAGUUCGGCCCGCCAACCACUCGUCACGUGACCAACCAGAUGUUGAGGCGCUGGAUAAAUCUGACCUCAUAGAACUACAUGCUGAGGUCACUCGUGAGGUCACAAAGAAACACUUCUAUGAGAAGGAGAUCCUAAUGGAGCUGUUAGUAAGUAAGGACACAAGUGUGGGCGUGGACAGAGCCCGCAAGUUGAAGCCUGAGGACCGAAAAGCCCAGCUUAAGGUCCUACAGAGCCAACACAAGCAGUGGAAGGCCAAUCCCAGAGCUGAUCCAGGGGUUCUCUUGCAGAUACUGACUCAAGGGGUGAGCAUAAAGUUUGAGGAGAGGAGGGUGGAGCUAGAGACUGGGGGCGUGUCGAGGCUGACCAAUGAGGUGCUCCGAGAGAUCCUAUUGGCUGAUCUCCACCAGAGACAGGGCGGAGACUUUGAGGGGACAUUACAUGACCUCCAGAACAUGACGAAGCGUCAGGUGAUAGUGUCUGUAGGUCAUCAGUGUGAGGCCCGUAUUGGGGAACAUUUUGACAAUGUUGCAUUUGUUAUCCUGGGUACCGUUGACAUCACAGAGGAGGAUGAAGAGUAUAUCAAGGCAUUGGAUCACAAGUAUGAGAUUCUGAGGAAGAGAAUCUUCCUAAUGGCUCUCAGGGAUAGGAUGGACUGGAAUAACAUGUCGCGUGAUGAGAAGCAUGCUGCUAUUAAGGAGAAAGUAAGGCAGGAGAAACAGUUCCGCAGUGAUGGCAAGUUUCCUGAGAUGGAGGAACUGCUGGGGCCCAAAGCCUCUAUCCUGCCGGCCCUAAGAAGCUUGAUAGGGGAGGACAAGGCGGAAUACCACAGGAGGAGACAGGCUCAGAAAACUACCGAGAUUCCAGUUGACCAGACCGAGGUAUUGAACUUACUGGCUGACCUCGUUCCCCGUAGAGAUAAAGAGGAAGAGUACCUGUUGUCAUGGUUACAUGCUCCUGAGGCCCGUAGCCUAGGACUACGAAUCAAGCACAUGAGAAUUGUCGAGAUUAAGGUGGAGGAAUGUCGUGUGGAGAUGGAGGAAGAUUUUGAAAUUGCGACACUCAGUGCCGGCCUCAUGGAGCGUGUCAGGGACACACUCAACAACAGUCGUCACCAGAGUGACAUAGAGCGUCAGUCAGAGCUAGCUGGACGGCGGGUCCGUCAGCGGAGGGUUAGACUACAGCAUUAUGAGGAGUACAGGAUGGAACCUACCAUCACUAAGGACAAAGUGCCCCCAGCAGGUGACAUAACAGGUCUACAGGUUGUUUACCUGCGGGAGAUGUUAAAGCGACAUACUGACGAGCGCGAGACGCUACUGGGGCACCUGCAGGAGGAUAGUCUCGAGGAUCUGGUGGAGGCAGCGAGCGCAAUGACAGAGGAUGAGAGACAACGCAGGCUCAUUGAGCUGCAGACUAAACGACAGGCUCUCAACCUUACUGUGCCAGAUGACCAGGAGGAGCAUGUGAGUAUCCUGGAGGAGUGUGCUGCGCUGCGAGCUGUGAGUGUGCGGGAACAGCUGGUUGCCCAGGGCAACUCAGGUACCAUGGAAACGGUUGCCAUGGCAGUGUUGGCUGAGCUACAGGAGGAACAGGAUAGGGAAGUUGCCCUCACGCUUGUCAACAUUGAGAACAUGAAUGAAGAGGACAUCCGAACCUCUCUGAGUCGUGAGUUGAACAACCGUCUCCAUGGCAAUGCAUGGAACGUGAUCACUGUGCUCACCAGGUACCAGGGAGAGGCAACUGAUGAACUACUCAUCAAGGCCUUGGAGAACAAGUACACCGUGUUACGCCAGAAGUUAUUGGUUGAUUGCCUGAGAAUCAGAAUGGGAACUGACCAAUGGGAAGCAUUAUCUCAAAAUGAGAAACACCAGAAACUGAUGAUCAUUGACAAUCAAGCUUUGGAGCAAAUAAAAAUAGGCAAGAUAAUGCCAUCAUUGCUAGGGGAGGGCUUCCAUCUCCAGGAAACAGUCACCCAGCUGAUUGGUGUUUGUCAACAUGUCUUCAGGAACAAAGUCAAGGGACAGCAAGUCCUUGGUAACCAUAGCAACCUCAGUAUGAGUGAGGACCCGGGCGCAGUGAGUAAGAAGAGCAAGCCAGACAACCCUCUUAAGGCCCUCAUCACACGCCUGGAGGAGGAGAAACACGCACUUCUCAGGCAGCUCAAAGGCCAUGCAGAGGACCACUUCAGUGAGCAGGAGCGCUUGGUCCAGCUGACCCGUUACCAUAGAGAUGUGGCCCUCGCCAGCCAUGGAGAAUCCUUUGUUACAGUGGCAACCAUGAUUGGACUCUGUGAGAGGCAGCAGGAGGAAAUCAAGUUCAGACUAGAGAGAGAUGUGGAGCGCUACUGUAAGCUAGCUGAUCACUGGAUAAAGGAUAUAGACAGGGGAACACAGAGGAGUCUGGAGGCUGACAGCCCUAUCACUAACUCCUUGGUAGAACACAUGGACUAUAUUGUUGCCCUGCUGGAGAACAAGCACAUAAAAGAGCGGGAACUUUUUACCCGCCUGCUGGCAAAUACGGGAAAAAUGGGAAGCCAACAGGAAGAGGUGGCCAUGAUUUCUUCACAGGAGAGACAUGUCAAGAUGGCCGAACUGAGGGAACAAAGGGAGAAAACUCUUAAAGAUCGGGGAGUGGAGAACAUGGAGGUUCUGACAGAGGGUACAGUGUACAAGGUAGAGGACAGACGAGGCAUUGUCAGCCCUGGAGAGGCACUGGAAGAGGGACUCAUGGCAAGUCUUCUUGAGGCUCAAAACUCUGAGGCUGAGAGAAUCAUCAGGAAUCUGGCUGGCAAGUUGGAAGAUGACAUUAUGUCUGAGGCAAGAAAGAUAGAACAGGACACACGCUCCAACAUUUCCGACAACAUUGCCUGGGUGGUUCUCAAUCCUGACCCCCGAGACAGCUCAAGCCAUGAUGACAUUAUUGAGGCCCUUGAGGGAAAAUAUGAUGCACUCAAGGAUAAACUACUGGCAGAGGCCCUUAUCAAGGAGCUGGGAGAGUCGGAGUGGAACCGUAUGUCAGAGAAGGAAAGACAGCGAAGGAUCUUCCAGCUCAAACUGAAGGAAAGACAACUUCGCAAGGGAGAACAAGUGGAUGAGGCAAAUGCCCUACUUGCUGAGUUGUUACAAGACCAGGAGCGCCUGCGUGAGUUGAUGGGUGACACAACUCAGGACCAGCGAAGAAGGUUGGAGGAACGCCUUAGACGCAGGAAAGAAAGGCUUGCCCAGGGUAUGUCUGAGGACGAAGUUAUGGAGUUAGAGAGACAGGAAAUGGCCCUGGAGGAUCAGGAGGAGAGAUACAGGGACUCCAAUAUCAUGGAUGACCUUAACAACAGGUUUCAACAGGAGAAGGAUGAGUUGCUACGGCGACUGGGUGAGCUUGGUGAUCAGACAGACCGUGAUAGGGAGCGACAGGCCCUGUUGGCACGGUUACGUAGGGACCAGAGGCUGGCGGAGCGAGAAGGGAACUUUGACUCUGCAGCACUCAUAUUGGGUCUGGCUGAGGAGAGAGAGAAAGAUCUUCAGCUCCAGCUUGAAGAAGAGCGUCGCCGCCAGGAGAUGCUUGCCCGUGAACGUCUGCAGGCGGCACGGAUGCGUAGACAGGGCAAAGGGGAAGAGGAACCAAUACCUGUGGAUACAGAGGACCCUGCCUCCCUCCAGCUGGCCAUCACCCGCACCCUCGACCAGCGACAUGAACUGGAGAGGCAGAAACUUAUGAAGCUGAUGCAAGAGAGUGAGGUGAGCCCCGUACGACGUGCCGCAGAGAAAGUGUCUGAGGAGGAGCGUGCAGACCGACUGUUUGAGUUGAAUGAGCGCUACAAGAACUGGGCAAAUUCUGACGACCAUGAUCUUGCGGAACAGUUGGAACUACUCAGGGAUGCAAUUGGUGUGAUGCUAGAGAUCCUUAGGGCAGAGUCAGCCAUGCAGGGUCGUGAGGUCACAGAGGAUGACCUUCAGGUGACCUUGCUGGCCGACCUUCAACAACAGCAGGACAGGGAGACCAACAAAAUGCUUGCUGACCUUCAUGAUAAGGACUUAACAGGUCUGCAGCAGCUUCUGAGAGCAGUGACCUCCCUCAGUGACACUGGUAGCUAUGACAACAUAGCGGCCCUGUUGCUAGGAGGCAAGUCAAGGUCGCAGGAUGAAGGUCAAGACCAGGAAGAGGCUAAAGUGGUGAAAGCUCUGGAAGAGAAAUAUGAUGCCAUAAGAGAUAAACUGAUGAUUGAGGCCUUAAUGAAGGAGUUAGGAGAGACAGAGUGGAAUCACCUCUCAGAGAAACAGCGACAACAGAAGCUUAUUGAGAUGAAGCUUAAGGAGCGACAACUAAGGCGGGCUGGGAAAUUUGACGAGAUUGCAGACCUGAUUGGGGCUCACCUAGAAAAUGAGAAAUUGCUUGAUGAGAUGGUCGUGGAAACGGCCAAGCAGCAGCGAGAACGUCUCGAGGCUCGGUUGGCACGACGACGACAGGUGGUGGCUGAACGUGAGGCUGAAGGCCUUGAGACAGAUGAUGCAACUAUCGAUGGCAUCAUGGAGCAGGAAGAGGAAGAGGAAAGGAAAGUUAGGCGGAGGGUGAAAUAUUUGGAGAAUCUUCAAAGUAACUUCGAUGCAGAGAAACGGCAGCUUCUACAGUCGCUGUCGAAUCAGACGAACAAAGUCGAGCAGGAACGACAGCGGCAGAUUGCACUUGCUCGUCUGAAACGAGAUGAAAGACGGGCCAGACGGGGAGAGAAGUUAAAUGAGGUCGUCAUGAUCAUACAGCAGAGCAAGGAGGGUGACAAGCGGAGGGAACAGACAAUCACAGCUGAGCGGGAUCGUCAGCGGAAUGUAGCCAGGGAGAGAUUGGAGGCCAGGAGAAAUAGGCGGGGAAGAAAGUCAGGCAUGAGUCAACAUGGGAAGGAAGAGAUGGACCCAGCACUAGCAGAUGCCAUCAGGGAUAUGGAAGGUUUGAGUAUACAGGAGGCCCUUCUCACUACACUGGAGGUUAAGCAAGAGGAAGAACUUGACACCAUGAUGGGCCUCCUUGACAUUGCCAAGGCAACACUGAGGCCUGCUGAUAAGCCUGAUGAGGAUUUGAAGCUGAGCCUGACACAAUUAGAGCAGGACCACCAAAAGUGGCGUCGUCAUUCCACCCAGCAGGUGGCAGAGCUUAACGAGUCAACCAUGACACAGGAGCAGAGUGAGAACCACCUCGCCAACAUUGCAGCUAAUAAGUCCGACCAGCUAAAACUGCUGUCUGAUGCUGUACACUGCAGAAUGGAGGUUGAGCGCCGCUACCUGAACAAUGCGAGGUCAGAUUUAGCGGGUGAUGCUGUAGAGGAGGAAGUUGAGCUCACCAUGGUAACAGACCUGCAGGAGAAACAGACGGCAGAGGGCCGAGGAGUUCAAAAACUACUCGAAAACCAGAAUGAGGAAGUGUUGCGUGAGAUGCGGCGAAGCCUGCACGUUGGAUGCCGCGAGGGCUGGUACGACAAUCUAACGGGCGCCAUAUUCCACCUGUCACACCCGGACCAUGGCAGCGAAGACGAAGAGAUGGUUGAGGAGAAGUUUGAAGAGAAACUUGCGGAGUUGGAUCGUGAACUUGAAGAAGAGACAGAAAAAGCCAUACAGUCAGCUCGAGCCCUGGGAGAUGACGUGGAUAUAGACGCUAUACGCAGACAGCUCCUUGAGGAGCAUGAGCAAGCCAAACAGAAACUGUUAUCAGAGAAGGACAACCAGAAGGAGGCAAUGCGACGUAAACUGGAGGCACGUCGUCUUAACAAGGAGCAGAAAGAUUGGGAGGAUUACAGUACGCGUGCACUGCUCCGUCAGGCUGCAGAGGUGAAGAGGCAUAUUGAGAAUAGUGUCACACAGGAGAAGGGACGGCAGUCUAAUGUGUUGCAACAGAAGUUGGCCGAGCGUCGUUACGCAAGACGUGAGGCAAAGAGCAUGAAGGAAUCAGAUACCCGGGAGAAUACACUUGACCUUCAGGACAACAAGAAUAGGGCCAUCAGUAGCAGGGGCAGCAAUGAAACUCCUCUGCCGCCAUUUGGAGGAAUGCGCCGUGAGAAGACAGUUGUGGAUGUUGAGGUGAGCGACGAACAGAAGGCCGCCCUCUUGUCACAGAUGGUCCAACACCAGAAGAACCUGCAGAGCAAGAUCACUGAACAACAGAGGAAACAAGAGGAAAUGUUGCGUCGACGUUUAGAUGUGAGGAAAGGCCGUCAGACAGACGAGGCUGCCGAGGUCUUCAGCAUCGGACAGCGGCAGAAAACCAUCCUCGAAAAGACACAACAGGAUGAGAAGGCUCGGCAGUUACAGACCAUCCAGGAGCGAGUGAUUCGCCAACGGGAGAAACGCUCACCCUCACCAGGCUUAAAAAAGAUUCGAGGAAAGGAAAAGUAAUAAGCUGAAAGGAUGGUAAAACAAAAAGGCGUCUAGUCAGGAUACUUGUUCCUUGACUGUGUCAGAAGAUGUGACAAAGACAAAAUCAAAAUAUUUUUUUAUGUAAACAAAGGUCCUAUGCAAAAUAGUUUUUCAUGUUGUUGUAACAUGCACAUAUUUUCUGUUAUAACAGGACAUUUUGAUAAGGUUGUAUUGACAUAUUGUUUACAUUUUGUUUUUGUAUCUGUUUACAAAUAGUUUGUCUAACUCACAAGGAGCAGAAACAAAUUAUUUUCUUAUACUUAUAAAAGCCAGUGUUACCAUUGACUCUAUAUACAUAAAGGCUUAAGUAAACAAAAACAAAUUGUUUCUGCCCCCUGUGGUCUAACUACUGCAUUUAUUGAAUUUUGCAUUUAAAAUGUAUUAAAGAGUAUGUACCUUAUCAGGGCUUUGCACAAAUAAAACAUUUCAUAAGCCUGUAAUGUUUUCAAAGGAUUAAGUUAAUUGGAUUUUAAUUAAACGUUGAAUACUUGUUACAUUUUUUUUUCCAUGUUUAUAAGUUUUCUUGCAUUUAAGUAUUGCUUUCUUGCAUUUCAUAACUUUGUUUACAAGAUACUUUUUUAAAGCUGUUUUUCUAUAUUUGCAGUUUUUGUUAAUGUUGCAGAGUAAAUAAUGUAUAUUGAAUGGUUUUUUGACAUGUUUUCUUUACUUAUCUGUAGGUUUUGUUGGCAUUUUGGCUGGUGAUUUAUUCCUAACCUAUUUGUUGUAUAUAGUCUGUGAUAUAUAUGAAAAUUGUGAUUUGAUGUGAUGCAGUUAGUACAGCAAACACAUGCAACGUUAUUGUGAUAUUAUAGAACCAAUAAUGACAAUCGUUACCCAUGUGAACAGUUUGUAAUUAGUUAAUUAAUAAUUUCCAAAAAUAGCUCAAUCAUGUUGUAAACUUUUCUCUUCUCAGUCUAUAUAUAUUGCAAAAAAGAAUGUUUCAAUAAUGAAACUAAGUUAUAAAUACUAUCUUGAAUGAUUUUAUUCAAAUCAUAUUGUACAUAUCUUUAUUUAAAAUUAAUAAGAAUAUACAACUACAGAUAUACAUUAUUGUGUAAUUUUUUGAAAAUCUACUACACAAAAACAUUUAAAAUUGUUAUGCAGUUAAUGCUUUUAUAAAAAUGAUUAUUCAGCUUAUAAAAUGUUGAUAUCUUAAUUAACGCAGCAGGCCUGUGCUUUUAUUGUUUCAAAAUAAA